AUGGCUGCCUCCGCGAUGAGCCCCUCGGAGGGCAACCAAGAGGCCAUCGCUAGCAGUUCACGGGAUGCAGACCUGUUCGGUGAUGGUCCAGACGAUGCCAGUGCAUACCGUGAGCUACCAAGUCUCCUAGACGUGUCAGAUGACGAAGAUGAUGAAGAAGAGGAUGGUGAGGAGUUUGAGGAAGACGAGGAUUGCAAGGAUUGCGAGGACCGCGAGGAAGACCACGACGACGAAGUCUCCCAGCACGACUCCGACAUUGACAUUGGGGACAAUGAUGAAGAUGUGCCUGUUCCCGUGGAUGAGGGUGCGGAAGAGUGGGAUGAAGGCAGAGUCGGGACUGAAGAGGAACAUGAAGAAUACGUUGGCUCUAUUGAUGAUAUCAAGUAUGCUGAUCAAUUUAUCAAGCUUCUCAAGGCAGCGACCUUGGAUGAUGGCCACUCCCGCCUUGAUGAUGAUGUUCUUGAGCGUCUGCUCAAUCCACCCAACACCACCUUGGAUAUUGAUGACCCCGACACUCGUUUCUCUAUACGGGUCUAUCUUUUGCUUGCGGAAGCUUCCGAAGACUGCUACGCCUCGAUGCAAAGAGCUGUGGCUGACCGCUUCGGCAGCUCAGUUAGUAUGCUAUCCUACUACGAAGUCUGGAAACUUGUUGGUGAUCUCACUGGUGUAUUUCCCAUUGUCUACGACAUGUGCGAGCGGAGUUGUAUGGCAUACAGCGGGCCGUAUGCCGAGCUUGACCGGUGCCCAUACUGUGACCACCCACGUUGGGAUCCUAAGAAGAGCAGAGGUGCGACGCAUGUUCCUUACAAGGUGUUUUCUACGUUUCCCAUUGGGCCGCAGCUGCAGGCCCUUUGGCGGUCGCUUGAGAGUGCUCAAGCGAUGCAGUACCGGCGCAUCCGUACUGAGCAGCUCCUCUCUGAGCUCGAAAUUGGUCAGCUACCGCACCUGGAGGAGUUCGACGAUCUGCUUUGUGGGAAUGCCUAUCUCCGAGCGGUCAAUGAAGGGCAUAUCGAGGACGAUGAUGUUGUCCUCAUGCUCUCUGCGGAUGGCGCCCAACUGUACAAGAACAAGACAUCCGAUUUUUGA